AUGCCGAGAAGAUCUGUUCCUGAGAGCCCCUGGCUUAAUGGAAUGCCACCAUUUGUUUUCUGCCAGCAGCAGUUCCAUCCACUGGUGAGUUAUGGCCCCAUGUGUGCACCGCAGAAUAACCAUCUCUUAAUGGGCGGCGGCAUGGCUCCCGAUAUGACGCGGUUCGGAGGCAACAUUUCCUCUCGUUCCAACUAUGGGCGCAGCUAUGAUCGGCAGGACCGCUACCGGCCACGUCGGGGUUACAAUGACCGUUAUGGAUAUCGCCAAGGUGGAUACGGUUAUAGGGACCGCAAGCGCCAGGUUCCCAGCGGAGAGCGGUCUCGAUCUCCUGCAGCAAAGAGAGAGACGCCACAGCAUGACGGCACACGAAAGGUUCAAGAUCAGCCGAGUGAGCAAGGAGAAGCUGCUGCAGCGGAAGAUGAAGUAGGGGAGGUCUCUGGCGUACAAGCUGACGACCUCUAUGAUCCUGCAGAGCCAACCACGGAGGACACUGUAGAGGAAACUGAAGCAGCUGAUGGACAAGAGGAUCACGACACUGGUGAAGGUGCUGAAGAAGAUGCUAAUGAGGCUGGUGAUCAAGAACUAAAGCACCUGCCGAAACCAGAGCCCAAGGUAUCAGGAUCGAAGCCUUCCGACGCCAGACGUCCUACCAGAGUAGAUGAAGCAAAAGGACAAGCAGGAGGCCAGAUGGCUGAAAAAGGUCUGCAAAAGCAAGUGUUUAGGAAGGGCAGCCAGAAGGGUAAAGGCUGGUGCACAGUAUGCGAGAUCCACUUCGAUGACAGCUAUCUUGACCACAGGAGGACUGAAGAUCACAAGAUGAAGCGGAAUGAGAAGUAUCCGAAGUGCCACCCCUGUAGCAUGGCCUUUCAUAAUCGUAAACAGUAUGAACACCACUGUGGGAGCGACUUUCACUGCAAGAAUGUAGAAGUAAUUGAUAAUGAAGUGGAUGAGUCAGCUGGUCCUUUGGGCGAAGAAUACCUGCAAGAAGUUCCUGCUUAUUAUUGUACAUUGUGCAAGCUGCUUAUGAAGAUAGAACUGAAAUCUCAUCAUUGCUGCACCCUAGGUCACUACAGGAGAUACAGGAAUACCAAACGCAAAGAAGAAACUGCUAAGAAAGCUAAGCCUUCAAUGAAAGAAAGAGAAGAUGAGGAGGAUGACACAAAUCAAGUAGGCAGCGAUGAUGAAACCAGGGCAGCCUCAGAAUGGUGCAGACCUUCAUGGAGUGUCUAACGAACCGAAGGAAGAAAAUCUAGCUUAAGUAACUGAUCAGGCAGGUGCAAGAGGCCUCGGAAGGAGCAACGCAGGGUUGACCAUGACAUGAUAAAGUGUGAAGCGGAGCAGCCAGUCUGAGCCAGUGAACGAAGAAGGUUCACAAUUCAAAUGAGCAGGAUGAACAUAAGGACGAGCGCCAGGACUGAAGAACA